AUGAGUCGAGCGGGGUUCAAGCAGCUUUCGCUGCUUCGGGCGUCAAGACAAUGCUUAUCGACCCGAUCCCUAGCAACUGUUGCAAGGUGGACGAACCAGAAUGCAAUUGCACGGUCAGCACCUGUUUCUGCAACCAAGCUGAGAGCUCGAUCUUUCAGCACAACACGGCCCCGACGAACCCAAGAUGAGAUGGAGGAUGAGUCAAGCUCAUACAGUGAAGCUGAUCAUGAACAUGCUGUCAUCUCCACAUUUGACCUGUUCUCCAUCGGCAUUGGCCCUUCGUCAUCUCACACCGUGGGCCCAAUGCGAGCGGGCAACAUUUUUGUCAAUGAUCUUAUUGAGGCCAAUCUGCUCCCCAAAGUCAACAAGAUUCGUGUUGCGAUUUAUGGAAGUCUUGCGCUCACGGGCGAGGGCCACAUGACACCUUCAGCUCUGCUGCUGGGUCUCGAAGGUGCUGACGUGGAAACCGUUGACACUGGAUACGUGCCCACUCGCUUCAAUGAUAUCAAGGCUAGCAAGAAGAUCUAUCUUGGCCGCGGACUAGCAGCCGAUGGAUCCAAGGGUAAGGAGAUCGACUUUGACUACGACAAGGAGUUUAUUUGGGAGUGGGGACGCAAGCUGCCUCAGCACAGCAACGGUAUGCGUUUUACUGUCUACGACAAGGAUGGUUACGUCCUUGCAACCAACGACAUGUUCAGCGUCGGAGGUGGUUUCGUCGUCAAUGGUGCUCUUAGCAUAGCGCCUCAACAAACGCUUUCUCCAAAUGCCCCCAUGCAGCUUGAGGACCCCGAUUUGGAGUCGGCGGCCCAUCCGGCUGAUUUGGCCGAAAACUUGUACUACAAGGAGAUUCGGCGCUCCGAUGCCGCAGGAGAUCGUAGGACAGGUUCCGAGGUCAAGGUCCUGGACGAAGCCAAUGCAGGACCAACAGCUCUCCUCGGAGACUCACCUGAACCAACCGGACUCUCUACCGACGUCAAGUCAGAAUCCAAAAGCACCAGCUCGUCGCCGCAUCCGCGGUACGCAUUCCGAGAUGCCGCUAGUCUGCUCUCUCUCUGUCGCAAGCACAACCUCACCAUUGCCCAGCUAGUCUACGAGAACGAAAAGAGUCUCGGUUACACAGAUGAGGACAUUUACCGAAAGAUCUUCAAGAUCUGGGGCGUAAUGGAUGCCAGUAUUCUAGAAAGUGUCCAGGCGCCCCCUGGGACAAAGCUGCCUGGCUCUCUGAAACUGCACCGACGAGCCCCUGCGCUCUACCGUCGCUUGACCCGAGGACUAUACCCUUCAUCUACUGCGGAUACGUCUGCUGCUCAACUUGAGCACAAGUUCUCGUCCCCUGACCCCAACAUUGGUGAAGAUGGUGCUACUUCUCAACCUGGCGCCCUUUCAUCACCAUCAGGUAAAUUGAGCGCUUCGGUGCCGGGCAAGUUCAUGGCCGGAGGUCUCCGAAAGCGUGGACCACCACGGAUACACGGUUCUUUGAACCAUCCUAUUGCCCCCGCUCCAGCGCGUCGAACAACAUUCCCUACCAUGGAUUACCUCUCUGUUUAUGCCAUUGCCGUUAACGAAACCAACGCUGGUGGUGGCCGAAUCGUUACUGCACCCACAAAUGGUGCUGCAGGUAUUAUUCCUGCCGUGCUCAAGUACACGACCGAGUUCAUCAGUGAUGACCCUGAGCGAGAUAUCCCCACCUUCCUGCUCACAGCUGCCGCCAUCGGAAUGCUUUACAAGCGAGGUGCCACCAUCUCUGCUGCUGAAGGAGGAUGUAUGGCUGAAGUAGGCGUUGCCUGCUCUAUGGCCGCCGGUGCCUUCGCAGCCUGUAUGGGUGCUAGCCCUGAGACCAUCGAGCAAGCUGCCGAGAUUGGUAUCGAGCACAACCUCGGACUGACCUGCGAUCCCAUCGGUGGUCUUGUUCAAGCCCCUUGCAUUGAGAGAAACGCACUGGGUGCUACAAAGGCUAUCUCCAGUGCCAACUUGGCCCUGAGCAGCGAAACAGGUACUCAGCGUGUGAGACUGGACGAUGCUAUCCGUGCUAUGCGUCUGACAGCCAAGGGCAUGAGAAACGAGUUCAAGGAGACGAGUCUGAGUGGAUUGGCUACAAGUGUUCACAUUAAUAUCCCAGUCAGUGUUCCUGACUGUUAG